AUGACUUCAGCAGCAGAUCUCCGAAUCUCCACGCUGUUCGAUGUCAGCAACCACGUUGUGCUGGUGACUGGAGGGGCAACCGGCCUGGGUGAAAUGGCGGCUCAAGGUUUCAUCCAGAACGGGGCACGGGUCUUCAUUGCCAGUCGGAAAGAGUCCGAGUUGAAGAAGACGUCGGAUCGGUUGAACGCGUUGGGACCAGGCAAGUGCGAAUACAUUGUGGCCGACUUGAAAGACAAGGCUGGCUGUGACGGGCUAGUCAACGAGGUGAAAAAGCGAACGGAUCGCUUGACCGUGUUGGUCAAUAACACAGGCGCCACCUGGGGAGCUCCGUAUGACGACUUCCCUGAAAGUGGGUGGGACAAACUGAUGGCAUUGAAUGUCAAGUCCAUCUUCUACAUGACCGUCGGAUUGCACGACCUGCUGCUGAAGGGGACCAACGCCGACAUGCCCUCGCGGGUCAUCAACGUCGCCUCCAUGGCAGGCAUCCAGACGAGCGACGUCACCACAACUGGAGAAGGAGGGCUUUCGGCACCGGGUCACGGCACCUUCAGCUAUGGGCCAUCCAAAGCAGCAUGCAUCCAUCUCAGCAAGUUGCAGGCGUCCAAGUUAGCGCCAUUGAACAUCAUGGUCAACUGUAUCUGCCCCGGCGUCUUCCCAUCUCGAAUGACGAACUUCGGCAUUAACAAAUACAUGGACACUCUACUAGAACGACAACCCACCGGACGAGUUGGCAAGCCGUCUGACUUUGCAGGUUUGGUGAUUUUCCUCAGCAGCCAAGCAUCGGCCCAUAUGACAGGCAAUGUGAUUGAGAUUGAUGGUGGCAGCACGCUCACCGGCUGGAGAGCAAGGAAGAGGGACAGCAAGAUCUAG